AAACUUCUUAAGUUUUUUUUUUAAUAAAUAUUGAAGAUUUUAAUUUAAAAAUGUGAUUAAAGAAGCUUAAUGUGAAAAUUUAUUAAAAAUUUCCAUCACAUGGAGCCUAUAGGAAAAAAUCAAAAUGAUUUCUUACUAUAAAUUGCUGGUUUUUCGUCCAGUAUUGGUGCUUUUUGUGAUUUCAAUAUUCAGUCUUUCGUGCAUUAUAACAACAUUAAUUUUGAAGAGUCCUCCCGAUUUUUCUGAUCCAACUUUGGGCUUUGAAGCAAGAGGAACUGAAAUAUCAAAACGAAUUACAACUUGGCGUAACUUACUAGAAGAAACACGUCCAUCAGGUUCACUCGUAGUAAAUCCAAAGGAACUUCAGCAACAUGAAUUUGAUAAAAAGCAUAGGAAAAAGAAAAAUAGGCAUCAAAAGAAGAAGCUUAAAUUUGAUGAGAAAAUGAGAAAACUUAAGGAAUUUGCAACAAACAAGAGUUAUAAUAUAAAUAUAGUUUAUAAUUCUGAAGAUGAUAUAGGAAACGAUACAUUCAUCGAGGGGCAUAAUCACUAUGAUUAUGGAACAAAUAAAUCUUACGAUGAGCAGCGUGAAAAUAAGAUUAAAGAAGCUAAGAAAAAGAAGUGGAAAGGAUUUUUAAACUUAGAUCCACCGCCACUAACUUCGACAGAUUUCCACAGUACAGAUGGAUAUUUUUGCGAGUCACCAAAUAAAGAAUAUAUUCAUUUCGUCAUCAAAAGGAUAGGACAAAAUGUUAAUGAGUCAAUGUUUGAUACAAAUAGCCUUCAUUCUAUGUGUGACUUGGAGCAAAAGUUGAUGGAAAUAGAAGGAUACAACGAUUUAUGUCAGAAAGAGAUAUCAUCACCUAAUUGCUGUCGACCAUGGUCUUUGCCGAACUACGUUGCUCUGCUAUCAAAUAAAACUUCAUGUCGUAAUAUUAAUGAUGAAGAUGUAUCCCUAGCUAAAUCAUUACUUUUCGAAUGUUUUCAAUAUUACCAUGGAUUAAAACUUAAUUAUGACUGCACUCAAUCAAAGUGUCGAGUUCCUGAUGAAUGUGCUCAAUUUAAUGCUGUCUACAAUAUAUUACACUUUUUGACUGAUCGAGAUUUUAUAAAAUUAAAUGAGACAGUGGAGAAUUUAAGUGCUGCAAUGAUGUUUUUACCAAUUGCACGAAGUAAAGAUGCAUUACCAUUUUACCAUAAUUUAAUUAAGAAAGGAGAAAGUGUCAUGCAAACAGAUUCAGUUGGUAUUGUUGCUAUGGAUAUGGGUAUUAAAAAUGCCCUGUUUGAUGAGUGUUUAUUAUCGGAUGCAUGGCUAGUUGGACUUGGUGGAUUAUUUGUAAUCAUUUGUAUGUGGCUCUAUACAUCAUCAUUCUUUGUGACAGUGAAUACAGUAAUUGCAAUAGUUUUGUCACUUGGAAUGUCCUACUUCAUAUACAUCAUAAUAUUUAAACUGAAAUUCUUCCCAUUUAUGAAUUUACUUGUAUUAAUUGUAAUCGUUGGAAUUGGAUCAGACGAUGCCUUCAUAUUUAUGAAAAUAUGGCAUUGUGUUUAUACGGAACGGUUCCGCAAAAAUCAGAAUACACCUCUCACACCAUCAUCAUCAUUUGCUUCUGAGCCAUAUGGCGAUUCAAGAGAUUCUUUAAUUGGAGUUAUGGCAAAAACGCUAGAGCAUGCAAGUUUAUCAAUGCUUGUAACAUCUUUGACUACUGCUGCAGCUUUUUAUGCAUCUUUCGAAAGCUCGAUCACCGCCGUUAGAUGUUUUGGAAUAUUUGCAGGAACAACAGUUAUGGUAAAUUACUUAUUAAUGAUAACAUGGCUCCCAGCAUCAGUGUCAAUAUCGGAGAGAAUUUAUUGCUUUAGUCGGAGCUGGUUUAUCAAUUUUGGAUAUUUCUCAGCACCAAUAGAUAAAAUUUUCAAAUUCUACAGUCAAUUAAGCGGUAGAAUCGAAAGCAUGAUUGUUACAUUAGUCAUCAAUUAUUCAGUUCUAUGGAUUCUCCUGUUGGGAAGUUUUGGAUUACUAAGUGCUGGAUUUGUGCUGUACUGGCCUAAAUUAGAAUUGCCUGACACUCCAACAUUUCGUCUUUUUGUAGAUAAUCAUCCAUUUGAAAUUUAUGAAACUAAAUAUAGAGAUCUGUUCUGGUUUGAGAAAAUGUAUACAUCGUCUGAUAGUUUUAAGCUUCCGAUUCGAUUUAUUUGGGGUGUGAAACCAGAGGAUAAUGGCAACUACUUAGAUCCAACGUCACGAGGAAAAUUACAGUUAGAUAAUUCAUUUAAUGUAUCUGCACCCGAAAGUCAAGUGUGGCUUUAUGAGUUUUGUAGUCGCUUAAAGCGUCAACCGUUUUAUCAAAUGUCAUUUGGAUUACUAGUGCCAAAUUGUUUCAUUGAGAAUUUAAUGUCGUGGAUGGCGCGAAAGUGUAAAGAUAGUAUGAGUGAUAUAGAUCGCAAUCCGUGUUGUGAAUCAUCAACAUUCCCAUAUGCACCUGAUGUAUUUGAUUACUGUUUGCCUGAAUCAAUUUUCGCUCUUUAUGAGACACCUCGAGAAUUCUUCAUUCCUGGUGUUGCUGGUCCGAAAUUUCAAAUUGUAGAACGAACAAAUAGCAGUAUUAUAACACAAGUAAAAGCAUUAGUCGUGGAGUGUGAUAGUAAUCAAUCUUUUAGUCACUCAUAUAGUGAAAUGGAAACAUUUGUAAACAAUGUUCAGACAUGGUUUCAAAAAGAACUUUCUAAAGCCCCCCCUGGCAUGAAAAACGGAUUUUUUAUUAGUGAAUUAGAUUUUUUUGAUCUUCAAGAGACUCUUUCAAAAGGUACAACGAAAGCUCUACUAAUGGCAAUGAGCGUUGCACUCUUAGUGUUAUUAUUGGUCACCCUAAAUGUGCUUGUAUCUCUUUAUGCUAUAAUAACUGUCACAUUAACGAUAUUUUCAAUUGUCGGAACACUUGUAUUGCUUGGAUGGAAAUUAAAUAUUUUAGAAAGUGUAGCAGUGUCCACAGCUAUAGGAUUAGCUGUAGACUUUAGUCUUCAUUAUGGUGUACAAUAUCGAUAUUCAAAAGAAAAUGAUAGAAAAUCAUCAACAAAGUUUGCACUUCAAAUGAUAGGACCUACUGUUAUGGCAGCCAUAACAACUGGUUUUGCUGGUGUACUGAUGCUUCCAUCAAGUGUCCUUGCAUAUACUCAAAUUGGUGUAUUUUUGGUCGUUGCAAUGAGCAUUAGCUGGAUAUUUUCAACAUUUUUUCUUAUGAGUCUAUUAUCCCUUUGUGGUCCUGAAUAUGGAUUUGGUCAAUUUUCAUUUAGUGCUGCGAUUAAUUUUAAAAAUGGAAGAAAUGAGGCAAAAAAUAUUAAAAGUCAAAUUGAAGCAAUUAACAAUAAAAUUCAACAGCAGAGUAAUGAACAAUUACUGUCCGCAUCUAGCUCUGCUGCUUGUGAUUUUUUGGAUUCAGAAAAUCACGAAAUGGAAAUGGAUUCAUUGUCGAAUUCUGUAGUCAAAACAAUCAGCAUUAAUAGUUCAACGACCAUGCCAUCGAUAUCAUCUAUGCGACAACUAUCGCUUGAUCGAUCAUUUAAAAAGAAAAAUGUAUUCGUAAAGGAUACAAGUCCUUCUACAAACUCGACCGUGACUGUCUGCCAAAUUGACGAUGAUUCAGACUUUUAUAAACUUUAAAUAAUGAAGGAAAAAAAACAUAUAUUUAGGAAAUUAAAAUAGAUAUUUUAAUGCGCAACAAUAUUUUUAUUCAAGAAAUGAAUACUACAAGAAAAAAAUAGAAAAUCAAUUUUUAGAACCGCUCAAUAUAGAAUAUACUCUUAUAUUAUAAAAAUUGAAAAAGACAUCUCAUGGAAAAUUUGCAUUCGCUUUUAUAUUUAGGAAUGUAUUCUAAGUUUCUUGCCCUCAUUUUGAAAAGUCAAAACUUUAUUCGUCCAUUAGUUUAUAGAACUAAAUUAUGUUGUAAGGCUGAAUUUUUCUAAAUUUCCUUUAAAAAUAUAUUACAAUUUUUUUAUCACUCAUUAAUAUAAAUUCUAUCUUUAAGAUUGUUUUUAAAAAAUACUUUUAAUAUCUUUAAAGGCAAUUAAAAAAUCUUACAAAGUUUUAGUACAUUUUGGAAAAUUUACAAAUAAAAUUUUAAAGAUAUUUUAUUAGUAAAAUAAGAAAAUGAUGAAAAUAGAAUGACAUGUUAAAAUUUAAAGACUUAAAAGAGAUGUGAAAACGAGUCGUUUUAUAAUUAGGUUAAAUAAUACUCUGACUAUAUCUCGGUGUUGUUUAUUGAAGGAAAAAAAAAAAUGAAACUUUUUCAAUGUUUAAUCUGCAAUGAAAAUAAUAUUGGAAGUUCAUCGAUGCAUUAAUACUAAGGAUCAAUUCUUAAUAUUCUAGACAAAACUUUUACAAUUCAGAAAAUAAUUAUUUUAAAGCUAUUUUUUUUUUUGAUUGUUUAUUGCUUUAUUGAAGCCUGGUAGGCUUACCCUUCAGCUUUAAUCUAAACUAUUAAGUUUAUGCCCGGAUUGACACCUGUUGACAUAAAAUCUUGAGUGAUUAAAAUAAUGAAUAUUUUGAAUUAAUUUUUAGUGUAUACAUCUUUGUAGAAAUUCUUGCGGAUUAAACAUUGCUAAUAAAUGAGCUUUUAAUAAAUUAUUUUGCUCAAUUAAAUGGUAAAGCAAAUCGAAUUUUAAGUAAUGAAAAAAUUGACUUUGAAGAUUUUUUUUAAAAGUUGAGAUUUUCUGUUUUUUCUAAAAAUCAAACGAUGUUUUUUUUAAGAUGAUCAAGCUUGCUUACUCGUCCUACAUUUACAUCUCCACAUAAAAUUCCAAAAUGUAAAGUCUUUCUAAAUGUGAAUUUAUUAUAAAUUAAUCAAGAUAAUUAAAAAAAUCAUUCAUGCCAAUAUUUUUAACUUCUGAAAAAACUAUAGUUUGUAACUCAAGUUAAUGCCAAAAAUCAAGGGUUGUUAAUAAGAUUUUAAUAUUUUUAAUAUAAUUAUUCAUGAGGAUAGAUAAAAAUAGCUGUUAAUGGAUGGAGCAAAACUCUUAUUAACAAACCUUUAAUUUCAAUUAGUUACCUUAAAAACAACCCUGGAAUUAAUUUUCUAAUUUUUAAUUAUUGAUGAAAUAAUGACAAUACAGUAAACAAAUGAAUCUUUGUAGAAAUGAUCAGUUUCAUGUUCUCAAUAACCCGAAUUUGAGUUACUUUAAUAUUAAAGUUAAACAAAAAUAAUAAUUAUAUAAUACGUAAAUAUUUUCAAAAAAGGACAUCGAAAAUAUUUACAAUAAUUUUAGUAAUUUUAAGCACAAAAUGUGUCGAAUCUUGCAAACAGUAUCUAAGCAAAUAUAAAACACAAAAAAUACAAAAAACAAAAAUAUUUAUGUGAAAAGAAUCGUUAAACAAAAAACAAAAGAACCUUAUCGUUGCAUGAGAGAAGAAAAUGGAAAAGAAAUUUUUGUUGUGUAACUG